GUCGACAUGGCCUACGCGGACGCCGCCGCCCUGCGGCCCGCGCGGGAGGCCGAGGUCGACGCCCUCUUCGCCGUCCAGGCAGAGCUGCGCCACAGGGGUGACCUCGUCGCCCAAGGGGUGCGCAGGAUGGGGGAGGAGAAGGAGGCGCUCGAGCGCCGCCUGCAGGACGUCAUGAUGGCCACCGAUGUCAUGGAGGCCUGGGUCGUGGAGAACAACAGGAGAGGCAACACCCAGGCCACGGAGGACGCCAUCGAGCCUGCAGAUGUGCUGUCCAGGCAGAUGAUUGAGUGCACGGCGGCAGAUUUGGCGCUAGAGGAUACCAUCUAUGCGCUCGACAAGGCCAUUCAGGAAGGGUCUGUGCCCUUUGACGGCUACCUCAGAAGCGUCCGCGCACUGUCACGCGAGCAGUUUUUCCACCGCGCCCUGUCUGCCAAGGUGCACAGCGAGCAGCAGCGGGCUAAGGUUGCUAGCAUGGCAGCCCGGGCACCACAGUACGCAUCCUAGGGAUGGUGGUCAGUAUACAUGCUUGGUCUACAACACAUCCGAUUUUGUCUGUCUUAUUAAGUACUUGUCUGUGUAAAGUUGUACUCCAUGUCUGUUUAUAACGAUUACUUGAUAGGACUGGAUGGAUAGGAAAUGAUUUCUGUCAAUAAUAACUUCAGUUUGAAUUGCAUCACAUGAUGUCAUGUAUGGUUUUUGAUCUU